UUACGUUGGCUCUUACAGCACAUUUACAGUUUUCCCCUUUCAGUGGAAUACAGAGCGUUUGAUGGCGGUGGGGCGGGACUGCGUUUGGUCCCUCAGUACCACAGAAGUCAUCCCACAGUUUGAAGGAAACCCUCCAAACCUGUUGGUGCAGUGCUGCGUUAAACCGCCGGCCGUGUGUUGCGUGUCUCAAGGAAGCCCUUUAUGAGGUGAUGGUGCGGAUACACUGAAGACUGUCAGACAAACAUCUCAAAGAGUUUGGAGUGAAUCACACUGAGCAGAGCGAUUCUACCUGAGAUCUGUCCGUCAGACUCCAGAGCCAAAGAUGCAUCAGGGACGCCUACGCCUGCGGCCGUGGCUAGAGGAGCAGAUCGAUUCGGGCAGAUAUCCUGGAGUCGUGUGGCUGGACGAGUCUGCCAGAGUUUUCCAGAUUCCCUGGAAACACGCAGCCCGGCACGGCUGGAAUAUCGAGAAGGACGCCACUCUGUUUCGAAACUGGGCGAUUCACACAGGACGAUACAAACCAGGCAUAGACAAACCUGAUCCCAAGACGUGGAAAGCGAACUUCAGAUGUGCCCUCAAUUCCCUGACGGACGUCAAAGAGCUUCAAGACAAAAGCAUCAAGAAAGGCCACAACGCCUUCAGAGUUUAUAUUCUCCUUCCACACAGCAAAACAGCAAAAAGACGCAAAGCUUUAAGGUAUUUGGAUACAGACAGUAAAGCAACAUCACCUCCACAAACACAAAGGAACUUACCAUUGGAGAGAUUUACAGAGGCAUUUUGGAAGUACACAGACGAUCGAGGCAGUGCCACGGAUGAAGUGCUGAGGAAAGAUGAUCCUGCCAAAUGUACUGAGGAGGAGAGACCAGUCAUCACAUACUCACAGGGACUGCAGCUGAACAGAACAGACGAGCACGAGCAAACAGAAGCUGUGCUGAAGAUUGUGGAUCAUCUGAAGAACCUGGAGCACUGGAGUCCCUCAUACGAGAGCGACAGAGGCUGGAGACCAAACUCAACGUGGAUGGGAUGCCUGUGUGAGACGAUGGAGUUUUCGGGUUACUCCUUCCAGACUGACUGUAACAUUCACAAUACCUCAUCAGGUCAAUAUGACUAGAUCAACCGAACAAACAGGUUGACACUAUUUUUUUUUUUUUUUUUUGUAGUGCAACUGAAGGAAAAGCACAGUAAUUAAUGGACAUUAAUGACUGGUCAGUGAAACUCUGCCUAAAUGAUUUUGAGUUGUAGUAAAUUAUAAAUUAUGCAAAAUUCCUGAGUUCCUGGGUCACCAGUAACAGUGACACAAGGUAUCCAAUGCUAUUUUUUAUUUGUUUCCCAAGUCUUUAAAUAAAUUUUCAAUGCUUUGGCUUAAACUGUGUGUCACCUUCAUUCCCAAAUGAGCAUGCAGGGCGUCAGUAAGAACAGCUACAUCUACUGCAGAUGAAUAA